UGAAAAUGUCAAAAUAGUCACACGCGGCCAGAAAUCCAAUCCAAAAUGGCUAUCAGACGACCACCGAUACUAAUCCUCAUCAUCUUCCUCGCAGUCACCCAAAACGCCACCGCAGAUGAGCCGGUUCCGGCGCCAUGGCCACACCAAUUCCACGCCCUACUGUUCAUGAAUUACUCCGGAAGCCUCUCGAUGAUUGACCUUUGGUACGACUGGCCUAAUGGUCGUAAUUUCAAUAUCAUCCAGGAGCAGCUCGGUCCCAUCACCUACGAUCUCGAAUGGAACAACGGCACCUCUUUCCUUUACACCCUCGACCAAUCCAAAUCCUGCCGCUCCGCUCAACUCGAGGUUGGAAUCCUGCGACCAAACUGGCUAGAUGGAGCUAAGUAUUUAGGACAACAACUUGUGAAUGGGUUUCAUUGCAAUGUAUGGGAGAAAGUUGACUUUAUAUGGUACUACGAGGAUGUUGAAACCAAGAGACCCGUGCAAUGGAUCUUCUAUACAGGGAGGGAGGCUCAUGUGAUGACGUUCGAGGUUGGCGCGGUUCUUGAGGACGAGAAAUGGCAAGCGCCGGUUUAUUGUUUCAACAAAGAAAACAAGAGUUUAUCAAUCGAAGGAAAUUUAAAAAACUUUGGAGGAUACAAAGAAAAGGCUGUUUCGUAAUGCUAUUUACUGAGAGCUUUUCUUUCUAGGAUCAGAAUAAGAGGCAUCAGCACAAUAGCGUGGAGAAAGGGUGAAAUAAAUGGGAGUAUGGUUAUUAUGAGCCGUCUAAAAUCUUUGUACACUGACUUAAAAUGUUUUUAUUUCAAAUAAGAUUUGUAUUUGAAAAUCUUUGAAAUGAUAUGAACUUCGCCUUACUUAUUGUUUAAGUUGAAGGACCCGUUGGUGUAUAAUCGAGUUGAGGAGUGGGUCAAUAUCUAGGUGAUAUAUUUUUCACAAAAUGUGUGGGAUUCAUA